UCUCUCAAUUUUAACCCGACACAAAAUUAUAGCAACGCUCUAUAAACGAAAAUACCGUUAAAAAAGAAUAAAAACUAUUACUAAUUCCCCCAUUUUCUUUUCUUUUCUUAUCAGCCAAACACGCCACAACCGGUUCAGCCGGCGAUUCGGAACGUAAUUUUCCGGCGAAAUUAGGAAAAAUGGUGUCACCGGAAAACACGAAUUGGCUGAUGGAAUAUGGGCUGAUCGAUGAUAUACCUGUUCCUGGCUUCUCUUGGCCUGUGCAAACCCUAAAUGGUUCUUCUAAUGUCAGUGCGGAAAUUGAUGGAUCGUUUGGGGAUGUUGACACCCAUAAGGAUUCCAGCUCCAAGAAGAGGGGCAGAUCUGAAUCAUGUAGUGCUUCUAGCUCCAAAGCAUGUAGGGAAAAGCUGCGGAGGGAUAGAUUAAAUGACAAGUUUUUGGAAUUGGGCUCUAUCUUAGAGCCUGGAAGGCCCCCUAAAACAGAUAAGGCAGCAGUUCUAAUUGAUGCUGUCCGAAUGGUGACUCAGUUACGAGGUGAAGCUCAGAAGCUGAAGGACUCAAAUUCUAGUCUUCAGGAGAAGAUUAAAGAAUUGAAGACUGAAAAGAAUGAGCUUCGAGAUGAGAAGCAGAGGCUGAAGGUGGAGAAGGAGAAGUUAGAGCAGCAGCUGAAGGUUGUGAAUGCACAACCGAGUUUUAUGCCUCCUCCUCCUGCAAUGCCUGCAGCAUUCGCUGCUGCUCAAGGCCAAGCAACGGGAAACAAGUUGGUGCCUUUCAUUGGUUAUCCAGGAGUAGCCAUGUGGCAGUUUAUGCCGCCUGCUGCCGUGGAUACCUCUCAAGAUCACGUGCUUCGUCCUCCUGUUGCUUAAGCGCACAACCGAAAAAUGCAACCUACAAAUGCUCCGGGUUUGCAUUUUGCACCAAAAAAAGAAGUAUUUGUUUUGUCAUUGUUCUUAUCUGUAUUAGUUUUGGAGUCCGGAGUGGAUUGGUGGAUGAUUGACCAUAUAUCCGAUCUGAAUUUCUAUGUUUUAUUACUGGUGCGCAUGUAUAUUUCAAUAAGUUCUAUCUAGCAAUGUGUGUUUUUA